UCGCUGCUUCCAUGUGUCUUGUGUCUCUUUCGACACUAAACCUAUGUUUAGUUUAAUGGCGGCAGCAACAGGCGGAGGGGAAUCCCUCUGAAGCGGACUCCUUCAUCCCUCCUCCCCCCUCUCAUGGCGAUCGGCCUCGUUUACCCCGCAUCUUCCCACGGUCAAUUGUGCGAUCGAGAAGGACUUUCUUGUUCACUAUCAGCUGUGACUGCAGCUAGUUGGAUCAAGUCCACGUUGGAUGGUCGGAGAGUGUCUGAGUAUUUUAGCUUCAGCAGCAGAUGGAGGAGCCCAUAUUUCGGGUCCAAGCAAUCAUAUUGGCUGCAAACAGCACAGGAGCUAUCUGUAAAAGUUCGGGUUGCUGCUGACUACUCGGACUCAGUACCUGAUUCAUCUAAGUAUCAUAAAGAUCUUGGUUACCACCCUCUUGAAGAACUGAAAGAGCGUGAAAAGAACAAGAACAUUGUGCUCACAAAUGCUGAACUAGCUAGGACAACUGUCGAGGCUAAUAACAAGGCUUUGCUCAUAUUUCCUGGAGGAGUACAUAAUGAACCACAUCGGCAUGUCUCAUGGGCAGAAUUUCAGUAUGUCAUUGAUGACUAUGGAGAUAUGUUUUUUGAGUUAUUCGAUGAUGAAAAUAUUUUGCAAGAUCAUGGUGCAGACAGCCCCGUGAUGGUUUUGAUAGGGAGUGACUGUCCUACGUAUGAAGAAAUCAGUACAAUUUCAGAUAACUUUGAUAUGGAUGGUGAAAAUGAUAUCGGUGUAUCUGAACUUAAUGAGAUUGAUGAUACAGAAGUAAUGGAUACUCUUAUAAAUUGGGGCAUGCCAGAUACUUUGCGUUACAUUCAUCCUCUGUAUUUUGCAAAGUGUUUGACCAAGGUUGUCCAGACAAAGUUUGGAAAGGUGGUGGACUGGCCAUCAAAUGGACUUCAAAUUAUUGGUUGUUUAAGACCUGCUUUUAUAGAUGAAGAAUCUUAUUUAAGGAGGUUGUUCCACCGUGAUGAUGGUGACAAUUAUAUUUCAGACUGGAGAGAUGAGUCUGAGAAAGAAGAGGAACAGGUCGCAAGAGCUUAUGACUUGAUUGAUGGGGGAAUGUUGAGUUUUGAUUCCAAACGUGAUGUAAGCACAAUAAGCUCCACACUUUACAAAUUGGAGAUUAUUACGGUGGAGUUACAUUCUGUAUAUGGUGACCAGUCGUUGAUUAGUCUGCAAGAAUUUCAAGAUGCAGAACCUGAUCUCCUUGCACAUUCUGCGUCAGCAAUUAUAGAGCGCAUAAAUGAAUAUGGAUUGCAAUGCAAUGUUGCUCUGAAAGCUCUUUGUCGCAGGAAGAAGGGCCUUAAUGUUGAGGGAGCAAAUCUCAUUGGCAUAGAUAGUCUUGGCAUAGAUGUACGAGUAUAUUGUGGGAUGGAAGCCCGAACUCUUCGUUUUCCAUUCAGUGCUAGAGUAAGCAUUGCCAUGUCUGAGAGUGCAGCUGAAAAGAAGAUCAAGAGAAUGCUUUUCCCACGUUAUCACAGGAAAAACCUAAGAACUGCGACCGAUGGCAUCAGGGAGUUGUAAAGGGGAAAUGUCUCAAGUUUCACUUUGAAUAAGUUAAUUUCUUAUUUCUAGUCUGUUCAUAGCAUAAUGUCUGCUCAUGUUCAGCCAAGACAUGCACAUAGGACGCAAUUAAGGACCAUGUUGGGUGUGCUGGUUUGCAGCAGAAUUUUCAACUUUUGGAAAGCUUUUCCAUUAGCAAUGGCACCAUGUCGAUAUUUUUACCGGAGGCCACUGGUCAUUGUCAUUUUGCGGAAGUUAAUCCAUGAUCCAUGAGAAUAAUCUUUGUGUGUCGAGAUUCGGAAAGGGGAGAAGGCUUCAGUGUACUAUUUGAGUAGGGUGAUUCCCAAGGUUUUUCUGCAGUUGUGUAUGACGCUGAUCCUCUGUUUAAAAGCUUUGUACUGGUAAAAGUGAUAGUAGUAUAACAUUUACCAACAUCAGCUGUGAUUACUUGUGUGUA